AGUACACUCAUUUCCUUCAUAUCGCUUACAUGGGAAUAUACAAUCGCGCGCACAUCUCUUUGCUACCAAGUACAGUAGGAUAUUAGAAGAAAAAAAAUUUUUGCAGCAGCCAGCAGUAGUCCAAGUAAAUUGUGCCCUAUUUCAUCUUUUUUUUCUUUCCAUCGAAUACAUUAAGUAAAAUAAAUGGAUUAUAUCGACCAAAAACAUAAUUAUUAGACGACGAGUGAUUUGAAAAAAAAACAACAACAAAAAAAGGAGAAAAAAAACUGUUUUCCAUUUUUCAUAUUUGCACACACACAAUAUUGUGCUUCGGUAAAAAAAAAAAUCGACGAAACAUUGUUGUUUUUUUUAGUGUAAUGUGAACUGACAAGCAGAUAAUCAAUGCGACCAAAAAGCUGUACACAACAUUGAAAUCCCACUUACAAACACACAAACGAUAAUCAACAGUCGAAUCUCAUUAACUCAAAAGGUUGCCAAUUCAUUAUGACGGGCUUCAGCAAAAACAUUGUAUUCAUUUUGCCAUCAUUCUUGUGAACGAAGAGAAAGAGAAUCGCAAAUCAAAUAUAACCAAAACGAAUUGAAUCGAAACCAUUUCCAAAGUUGAAUAUUCUCGUUCUUUUUGUUUAGCUUUUAGUCUGUGUUUGCAAAAAUUGUGUGUCAUUUUCAUUUGAAACCAACGAAAAGGAAAAAAAGAACAAAUGACAACUCAUAUUGUGUGUGUGAUGUGCGUCGAAAGGAAAAAUCGCAUUUAAUUCCAUGAACGGGGCCGGAAACCAUUGUGAAGUGAUUUCUUGAUUCAAGCGUCUUUUUUUCAACUCUAAAUGCUUUGAAUUUGACCAUAAUCGUAUUAUUCUCGUGAGGUGAACACAGAUAAAAGAAGAAGAAGAAAAAGCAACGCGACAAAAGCCGAUUCACAGAGCCAACGACGAUGCUGAAAUACUUUUGAAAGUGUUCUUAUCGGUUCUUAUCGAGUGUAAUUCAGAAGAAAAUGAUAUGAUAUUGUUUCCUGAACGCGCCUCCAAAUCGAAUUUCAAUACAAACAAGAGCGCAGAACAAAGUGGUUACACUGCGCCUAAACAAUAAAAAAAACAACAACAAUCCCAAGUGCUUUUUUCUUCUCGCUCGCUUCGAAUGACAAAAAAGUAAGAAGCAUAGACACAGUUUGCCGGGCUGUUAUCAAUGAGCCGCAAUCUAAACAGCAACUGAAAAAAGACCGUUUAAGUGAAGCGUGAUUUCAAGAGCUAGCACACUUGUGGGCAUGGACUUUUGUGUUUGCUGUUUCCAGUGAAUUGUUUGGGUGGGUGUGAAGCACAUUCGUCUUUUGAUUCCAUCAACAAAGAGCAAAGCGUCAAGACGACGAUAAGUUACAUUUUAGAAAAACGAACAAACAAAGUGCACGCAAUAGAUUGAUAUUGAAAUAAUUGGCACAAAGCUUUGGGAUUGGGCAAAAUAACGUGACAGCAUUUCCCAUGAAAUUGUGUUGGCUGUAUGCACGUCGCUGGGACUGAGAGUAUGAGCGAACGUGAUUGAUUUGAACGUGGUACGAAAUUUCGUUAGUGUGUACCUGCCCGAGAUUCGGUUCCUGAUUUUUAAAAAAAAAUCCAUGUUAAUGUCAGCAUUCGCCGAUUUGUGAGCGAGCGAAAAAAAAACGAAGCAGGAAAAAUCAACGAUAGAAAAAAACGAACGUCAAAAAAAAUCUCCGAUUCUCGUUCGUGGAAAGGUAUUGUGGCUGGAGGUCACAAAAUAUUAUUAUAAUUUAUUUUUGUUGGUGGUUUCGAUAGCAGCUAGCGACUGAAUUACCAACAGUAAAAUGCAUGCAGUUGCGGGUAUUCAUUCGGCGAUGGCGAUUAAGCGUCAACGUCAUCGACGAGAAGUGGCUGCACGGGAACGUGAACGACGAUUAAGUACACAUAGCUCGGAAAGUGGUGAUACUCAUCAUUCAUUCCAUGGUUCAACGCGUCGUAAAAAUCGACAUCCGCAUGCGAGUGGGCCGAAUGGUAGCACAAUGCUCGAUACAAAAGUAGUGACCAGCAUCGGGAUGCUGCACAUCGGUGUGGUUUUCGUAGUGUUUGGCAUAUUUUUGCUAGGCGCUGGACUAUUGCCGAAUGAUUUAUCGGGCGUAGGAACACCUGGUAAACCGACCGCAUGGUGGAACGAAUUAGUUGCAACAGGUCUAUUUGCCGUAAUUCUCGGCAUCUUUUUGAUUGUGCUAAAUUGUUUGAUUAGCAAGCGCGAAGAGGAUGAUUUAGAGGAAUAUGUGCAACGACAGCUAACACGUUCACGUUCUGGUCAUCGUUUGGAACGUGAUUUAGAAACGGGCGGUUUAACGACACGCCAUAAUCGACGAAUGAAACAAACACUAACAACGGCCGACGAACUAUCGCAAUCAAAAUCGAAUAUUACCCCGAUUACUAGUGAAGUUGUAACCCCGACCACUCCAAACGAGAAUGGGACAUCGGGCGAGAUGCUGCUAGAAAAGAUUCUCGAAGAAGAUGGCAACUACUGUGACGACCGGCAACAGCGUGAUUUUAUUUCGCACGAACACGAUGCACAUGAUAAGAAACAUCUGCUGGGCAACGGACACACGGUCACCGUGCACGUAACACGUAUCUAAAAUAAAAGCGUAAAUAAUUUAGAAUAUCUAUCAAUGCGGAAUAGUUUCGAGAAAACAAAUUUCCAACACCAUAAAAGAUUAUCCCAUGAAGAUGAUGAUGAACAGAUGAUGACCCAAGUGAACAAAAGAAACGGUUCAUAAGGCAUCUAGACCUUUACGUAUGUAUGCAUAGGAGCGAACGAAUAUUGUUACUGUUUUUUUUUGCUGUAAACAUUUGCGAAAGACAGGAUAAAGAAAAAAAAAACUCCUAUGAAUGUAUACACAAGGUAUAUGCAAAGCCUUAAGGUACCAUUUCCUAGGCGGUCAAUUUUGGUCGCCGAUUGAAGAGGGCAUUCGAAAUUUUUCCUAUAACUUUUGAGCCACUGAACGGAUUUUAACAAAUUUUAUAUUUUUUGGAAGAUGUUAACUCAUCAAGUGGUUCGAUAAAUAUAGCAAAAAUUCUGAAAAUCGACCAAGAUCGGCGGCCAUUUCUACGUUUUAUUCGGGGAGAGAGUAAGUUAAAAUGUAUAUCCAUGGUUUCCAAAAAGUCACCUAUACACUAAUGUUACCAUGUCAUUUUGCUGAAAAAUCAGUACUUGCUUACCAUCUUUGGCCAAAAAAUCAGUAUGCUGUUCAGAAAAUCAGUAUAUGCCGAAAACGCUUAAACCCAAGCAAAUAUCAAAAUUUCAUUGAUGUAAUGAGUUUUAAGUCAAAAAAAGGGCUUAAAACCAAUGAAUCCAACUAUUUGUUGACCUUAAAGUAUUUAUAUCAAGACGCAAACUUUCUUUUUCUUCUAAUUUUGUUCACUCUAGCGAAAAUACGUUCUAGGAGUGGAAGUACCAAGGAAAUAGAACGCAUAUUCGAUUUGGUGUGAAAUUUUUUGAAUGAUACGUUUUGUUUUAUAUAUAGAAUAAAAAUAUUAAUAAGAAAUAUAAAACGUGAUCGAAAAUUUUUGGCACCGCAGCAAUUAGUGUUUCCAAUGUCAUUGAUGUUCUCGUUUCACUCGUACAUAGAACUUCUGAUUUUUUUCAAUCUGUCCAAGUAUUUUGCAGCUAUACCAAAUUCUCAGGAAUAUAAAUACGAGCUCAAAGAAAAGCAUGAGAGCAAAGAAAAAACUAAAUUUUCCGAAAACACGUAAGAUAAAUUGUAAAAGUUCUCUUUCAAUUUUCUUAUGUUUUGUAUGACGUGUCUCGGGAUAAUUGCGUUUCGUGCUUUUCUGAGCUUUUUUUGACAAUUUUCUUUAACAGAAACAUAAAUUUUUCUGCCAAAAGUUAAGUAUUUCUGUACAAAAUCUCAAAAUUUCAAAAAUCAGUAUAAAAUCAGUAUGAAGAUUAAAAAAUCAGUAUUCGGUAAAAAUCAGUAUCGAACAAAAAAAUUGGCCAAAAAUCAGUAUAGUACUGAUAAAAUCAGUACACAUGGUAACAUUACUAUACACACAUACACAAUCAUAUUAAUAUCGCUCGCUUUUGUAUUUGUCAACCUUUCCUCUCCUAUCUGUGGAUGUGUAUUUGUUGAGCUCAGUUAUUGUUAUGUUUUUUUUUUCUUUGAAGCUUAUAAGGAAGUGAAAAUAAAUUCAAGAGGAAAAGUUUGUAGCUCAUAUAUGAUAUGUAAUCAUGCGGGAAAUUGAAAUCCACUUUUCUAUCUAUUCAAUUUUGUAGCAUCGAAUUUUUCGUAUGCCAUCGAUGUGAAGGUCCUGCGAUCUAAGCGUCUGACAGCUCACUUCUAGCGCUACGAGACAAGUGUCAAAAGUUGUGACACAGAUCGUUCAAUGUAUUAUUGAAUCUUUUUUAUAUUUGUUAAUAAAGUAGACAAAAAAAUAAAAAUGUCACGAAUGUGCAAAAUUGAUUUUUGUGAGAGCGUAGCACGUGAUAAACAUCAAUUUUAUAAGUAAAAAUUUUUUCUUUCAUUACGGAACAUUGUUGAUGCGUUCAAUUUGUCGCGUUCAUGAGUGCGUUUAACGAUGUAAAGAAUUGAAAUGAACUUUACUGAAUGCGCUCAUCGCAAAUUCGUGUUUUACUUUGUUUUGUUAGUGUGGUGCAAGGGUUGUGCAUUGAUGUUUCAUUUGCAAAUGAUAUUUAAUUUUCAUUCAAUGAAAUUCAAUUUGUAUGUUUGCAAUGGAUGUCAUUAGAUAUUAAACACAUCGAAAUAUAAUAGUCGGUAAUUGUUGGAUGCUAUAUCACUUUCUAAACUCCGCCUCUCCGUCGAUUGUAGUGAAUAUUAUAUAAUCGAUAUAGUUCAUUUUUCGUUGUAUCAAGGAGGAAAAACGACGACGGUCAAAACAUAUUAUUCAAUAUACGUUGCAGGGUGUUGAAAUGAUGUACGAUUAUUUAAAUGAAAAGAAAUGAGAAGACGAAAAAAAAAAACAAAAAUGUAUGUAAAUCACCAUAAUUUCAUGAAAAAUUACCAUCAUUUCCACCCUCACCACCACCUAUAGCCUUUUCAUUCGCACACCCAAUUUAUCGUUUUGUAAAUGGGUCAGUACCGCAAAAAUACUUAUUUUUUUUUGCAAAUCCCUCUUAUUUACCAACCAUCCCCAACUAAAUUCAUUUUAGAAAUGCUGAACACAUACUACCAUGGCAUUUUUACUACGUACGAAAAAUAUAUAUAUAUAAUAAAUAUUAAAUGAAAUUAUGUAUCCUUUACGUGAGCUUUCGCCGGAAAGACUUACUUAGCAAAUUCUUACAAUGCAUACACAUGAAAAUUCGUGAACCAAAAUGUUUGCUUAGGGUGAAUCUACGCAAAAAUUAUUACAUUUUGAACUAAAAUGAAAAUGCUUACUGUGUACAAAAGCACGACUUUGGUGACGACACUCAGUCUACUAUGUAAUACAUUAUUUCUUCGGAGUUUAAUUUUAAAGCACGUUGAACGAAAUGAUAUAUAUUUAUUGUGGCAAACACUUUUACAGUCGAUGUAUUUUAAAUUAUUGAUUUGAUUAGGUACUGUAACUUGAAAACAGUUCACAACAACUUUUGAAAAAAGAACAAACAAUUUGAUGCAAAUUUUUCGCAUGGAAAUGGAAUUUGUAAAACAAAGCGAUCUAUGCAAAGAAAAACUUUGAACGAACACAUUGUUUCUUUCUAAACAACGCUUUUUUUCGAGAAAAUAAAAAUCUGUAGUGUCUUUCCAAUUUAAAUCUAAAAAGCAAACAGCUCAUUCCUUAUACACCGCACAUACACAGAAAUAUUGCGCAACAUUUACUAAUUUGUACAAUAUUCAAUAAGGACGGCGGCUCGCGCCCACAAAGAUGAAAGUCAAUACCUGCGUGCACGUGCGGCGCUCUUAUUAACAUAUUAAUCAUAAAAUAACAUAUAUAUACUGAAUGCCUAUUUCUGAACACAUAACGCAUAACGCAUAUAAUACCAAACUUGAAGCAUAUUUCGUAAGCCUGUAUAUGUAUGUAAAACUCUUUGAGCCUUAAAUUGAUUCAGUUUUUCAUUUCAACACUACUAUUAAAGUAAGAAAUUAAAUCAUAAAUAUAGACAUAAAAAAUAUAUGGGUUCCAACAAAUUCUGUGCCAGUAAUUAUUAUGAUAUGAACAUGAACGUUGUGUGAAAUUCUUUAGUAACAUAUAUAUGAAUAUUUGAAAAUCCAUUGCACACGUCGACUCUUUAAAAUCGCCAACAAAAUAUAUUCUAUAUUGUUGGCCCUUGCCAUGGAAAACAUAAACAAUCUCUCUCUAUCUCUGGUUUGCUGUCUCUUUCUAUCUAAAUUCACACAUACGUAACUUUGCAACAAAUCACUCAAUAUCAUACCGGAACGAAGAAAACACGGUAAAAAGCAACAGUUUUCGUAAACAAAUCAAGUGGAAUGAUCCAGAAGGGCAUGUUCACUUGUUAACCUACGACAGCAUAUAAACAGAUAGAAGCACACCGACGCGCGCGCGCGCGUUCAAAUUCUAUGAAAGUAAUAAAGAAGAACAUACAUUCGUAUCGAUGGGGUUGAACGGCUUUUGGUAUACAUUUUCUUUGGAAUGUGUCGCAACUUAAUUCUUUUCUACGAAUUUUUGCUUUGUUGUUGACUAUUUCAUUUGCUAUCAAUUUACCGUGUGUUGAUUUUCGUGGAAAAUAUUAUUUCAUAACGUUUUAAUUUGACAGGAAAAAUUUGGAGCAUUCAGUGGAUUCGAUGAAGCCAUUUCAGGAACAUAAAUUACCAUUUCUUCUAUUCGAACACAUAGACAUUGAACGGAAUAAAUUGAAAAUUGAAAAUCGAAUAUUAAAUCUACAUUUUCGAUUCGAGUCUUCGUUAUCUUAUUAAAAUGUUGCAGUCGAAAGUUGUCGAGUACUGUAUGGGGCAAAAUCGAAUUGAAUUCAACCGAAUCGAAAACAAAUCCAAUCGAAUCAAAUGCUAAACACCCGUGUGAAAAAAUAGUAACUGAGCAGUCAGUUAACUAAUUUGGGACAAAAAUGACUUACUUUGAUUGACAUUUCAGUACAAAGUGUAGUGUAAGUCUAUCAUAGUUAACUGAAAUCAUUUGAAGUUACAAUCUAAGUUGCUUCAUUUGGGACCAAGUGAUUUUCUUAGAACAAAAAUAUAAAUUCAAUCAACUAAAGUCAACUGAAGUUAUAGUCAGUCAGUCAUUUUUUUUUCACACGGGCAUGCAUCGGUGAUUUUUUUCCCCCUAAUUGCAAUGAGCAACGAUUCGGAAUUGUUCGAUAGAGAAAAUGUUUGGCGGUGGCAAAUUCCAAACUAACAUAAUUACCAAUGUGUACAAUGUAUGUGGUUUAAAAUUCAAACUUUAAUUUUGUAUCCACUGCGAUUUUCCAUUUAUAAUGUCGCUAUCUGGCACUUACACAGUCUUCGUAUUCAAAUUAUGUACAUCACAAGUUGUAACUUGGAAUCACAUAUAUGAUUGCAAAUGCAAUCAUCGUUUUUCCUCUGACAAAAGCAUGCAACGAUUUUUUUUUUAAAUAUUCUCAAUUCAUUUCUAAUUUUAAACUUAGCCAAUGAUAGAGAAUGGGAGAAUAAAAUGACAUCAAUUUUAUCGACUCUUAACCGAUAUAUCAUUCACAUACAAUCACAUCACACAUCAAUAUCGAUAAGUGAAUAUUUUUGACCAGUUCUGCGAAUUAACAAAAAAAAAAUGUUUUUAAACCGAAUUUUAACAUGUUUAGAAAAUGAAGAAGAAAAAAAAGAGAACCAGAAGAUUAGAUGAGGUGGAAAAAUUGAUUGAAAUCAAGAAAACAUUCUAUUGCAUAAGAAUAUAUAUUUAGACUCUCUAUUUUUACUUAAGCGACUUAUGACAUUUUAAAUGCACACCUUUUCAUUUCUGUUGAUACAAAUAUUUUAAAGCGAAAAGCUACAGCAUUUAAUUUUUUUUCUCUCGUGUAACUAGCAACUAACCAAAUAUUCUAAGGAAAUUCGUUUUAUACUACUACCAUUAUAUAGUACUUUGAACUCAAAAAUCAAACAAAAAAUUAUUGUGCUAAAAACAAAGAAACUGAUUAGUGAUUUGAUUUUUCUUCUGUCGUUGUUGUUUGAUUUUCAUUUUUAGCUAAAUAUUUUUGUUUUGUUAGGCGGAGAUGGGUCUAUCUGUUGGACAUUCAGACAGUCAAUGUCUCCUUGUCUCUCUCUCUCUCUCUCCUCUCUUUUUUUGUUUCUUCACUAUCGAUUGUUUCGAUGAGUGAGUCGCUCUGCCGCAGCGACGAUUUUGAUCGAAGAACAUUUUCCGUUUGAUUUGUAGUUAGAGCUCAAAAAACAUCGAUUUUAAACGACUAGAACACACGAUGUAAAGAGAAAAUAGGUGCAAAUUUUACAAAACGCUAUUUAAUUAAAUGAUGAAAAAAGAAGCAUUUCAGCGUUGAUUUGUUCGAAAAUGAUUUUUAUUUUUUCAUUCAUGCACAAAAUGUAUAGAAUUCAACUCUCUAUACGCCAUGGAAUGUAUGAAAGCGUGUCAAAUUCAAAUCAAGUGCUUAAUGCAGAUACGAAAAUCAUUCGAUGUUUCAAACGACAGUGAGUUCGGUGUAAGAAGACGCGUUGAAGUAGAAAAAUGUGAACAAUACCUUGCAUCCGAAUAAUUGAAUUUAAAUGUCAUGGAAAUAUCGCGAAAACUUCCAAUGAAAAGAAUGCAAAACAUUUUCAAGAGGUUGGAACAACUUAUUACACCGAAUUCACCGUUUAUUCACGCUGGAAUGCUGCAAGCGUCGAGUGAGUGUGCAGUGUUGUGCGAGCUUUCAUCUCAAGGAGUUUACUGCGCGUUUCAUUCUACAGGAGUCUAAUUUAAUCAACUCUUGCCAUUAUGAACUGGUUUCAAGUGCAAAACGCAGGGUAAACAAACUCACGACAUUCCACACUUAAUUCGAUUUGAUCAACUGAACCAAAAAAAAGGAAAAUAAAACAAAGAACAAAGAAAAUCUAGUGAAAUCUUCAUGCUAUUUAUAUAUUUUUUACUUAUACAAUGCGUAUAUCUAUAAACGUUUGAAACAACAACAACAAAAAAUACAACUUAAUGAAAAUUACUACAACUUUUUGACUGUAAAUUGUGAUUUUUCUAUAUUUUGAAAUUUAAAUCAAAUAAUAAAUAAAAAUCAAUCAAUAAAUUGCAAACAA